AUGUUGUUGAAGUCAUUGGAACCUUUCUUUGGAAUACCAUCAGCACCAAAUACGAUAAUAUACAACACCUUCUGGCUUGCAGCUUUGACAUUUCUUAAUAUUUUCUACAUAAAUGAACACCAUGUUAAGAUUGCAAGACAUAUCACAAAAAAGAUAAAAAACAUCUUUAUUCAGGCUCUUGCCCUAUGCUUUCUGAACAGCAUUCCAAAGAUAAUUCUGAUGGUUAAUCUAUAUAGAACCUCCUCCAUACAGGUGUUUGCAUCGGCCAUUUCGGGCACCACACAGAUUUCAAUGGCAAUAUCGCUUGCCCUUGUAUUGAUACUUGCCAAGACAAACUGCUUCGUUCAUCACAUAAGCUUCUACAAGGACAUUCUCUUUCUCGAAGCCUCACACCUGUUGUUGUUGAUCAUGUUUACAAAUACAACAGACACUCUGACUGCCCCUCUUAUGGCCCUGGGCGUGUUUUCCACAUUUCUGUUCAACACCUUCUCUCUUCCUCAAUACAUUUCACAAGCGUCAAAUAAUGACGGCCAAGAGAUCAUUUCCUCAGAAACCCAGCCUCCGUCAACAUCUCUUGUACUGUAUCCCCUUAGAUUUGUAUUCAACCUAGUCUUCCUAGAUCCAUCUCAUCUGUUUCCAUCGUCUUCAAAAAAGACACCGUACACCGUAGCGCUUUCUCCGAUAAUCAACUUUCUAAUUGGAGCAUUAUACUUUCGAAUGAGGAUGGGACGUUUUGAGCUUCUUCUUUCCCUUAUGUGUUCUUUUCUUGUGGGUCUACUUCUAUACAUGAUGGUAAGAAAGAGGAUUCUCUCCACAAUCUCAUGUCUGUACAGCCUGGCUGCAUCCAUACUCUUCUUCUCAAUAAUAAUGGAGAGUUUUAUAAACUUGGCGACGCAUGUGAGUAGUGCAACUGGGCUAGGUAUUCAGUUUCUUUCAGGAACAUUUCUGUCAUUGCAGUGUAACCUGAUGGAGAUCGUAACCUGUCUUAAUUAUAAUGGAGGCGAGAUGCUUGUCAUAUCAUCCUGUUCCAUCCUCUACACACAUAUGUACAACAUCCUUCUCUUUUUCCCUGUCACCAAGCUACUUUUAGGGAAAACCGGGGCCUAUGCACAAUCCCAUAAUAUUUCGAAUGCUCCUUUUGUAUACUUCUCGUAUGUAUUCAUACUUGCAGAAAUCAAGGUCAUCUUUGUGAAUUAUCUUCUUAGACAUCACAAGUUGACAAAGGACCUUGGGUAUACGCUCAUAGCAAUAUACGUGUUAUUCAUAACUGGAUUCGCCAUAGAAGGCAAGAGUCAUCUUUGUAAAUAA